AUGAGUUAUAACUCUUGUACAUUGUGUUUGAACUCCACCAAGAAAACCCCGGGAAUUUCAUUACAUCAAUUUCCAAAAGCUCCAUUAAUACGGUGUAAAUGGCUUGAUGCUUGUGAAUUUACCGAAACAGAUGUUGCGCAUAAUCGAAAAAUAUGUCCAUUUCAUUUUAGUGAAGAAUGUUACACCACUGGUUUUAAAAAAGUGCUCAAACCUGGUCGAAUUCCUACAGUAAAAAUUAGAAAAUCAGUAAACAGAAAAUUGUUCAAUCCCUUGUCCAUUGAGUCUAAACUAUCAACUUCAUACAGCUAUCCCAAAAUAAGGAGCCUCUUGAUGAAUGUGAACAAAUAUCAAAACUUAUAUUUAACACAUCUUAACCAAGUUUUACUUCCUCUUCGAAUCAACCAUAUUACAAUCUCAUUAUCAUUGCAAUACAACAUAUUUUCAACAUUAUUUUUUUUUUUAAAAGAUCCAAAAGUAAUUGGAGAUCCAGAAGUUGAUAUCGAUCCAAAAGUAAAUCAAGAUCCAGAAGUUGAUAUCGAUCCAAAAGUUGAUCUCGUAUAUGAAGAUCCAGAAGAUAAUCUCGAUAAUUGCGAUAACAUUGGUGUCAGUAUUGUUGGCCUGAAUAAAGGCCAACUUGGCUGCCUCAUGGACUUAGAAUGUAAUGGUAUUAUAAAAUUGGAAACCAAUGCGUAUUAUAAUAAAUCCGGAUGGAAGAUCAAAGUUAAAGACUUUGCAUUAAAAAAAAAUUAUCCAGAUCCAGAUAACUCAUAUUAUGUGGAAAAAUUAAUAGAGUACCGUGGAGAGGUUGAAUUACCAACUGAAUUUUGUAUAAGGUAUCCUGACUCACCAGAAAAUAAAUAAUACACGAAUUUUUUUUAUUCUUUAUUAUAAAGUUAUUUAUUCUUAACUUGUCAUGAUGUAAAUUAAGAUGAUUAAAUAUAAGAAAAAUCGUACUUUAUUCUAUAAGACGAUUUUAUAUUGUUUAUUAUAAUAUUUAUUUUAAAAAAAAUUCUUAUAAGUUAUACUAAUAACAUUGUUUUAU